GCGCGCGACCACGCGCCCGCUGCACCACGCGGCCGCUCCGCUCCUGUGACGCUCCGUUGGCACCCCGAGUCUGCACUUCAAUCGAUAUUCGCGAGCGCGGCCGGCUACCGUUGCGAGUGCACCCUGCUCUGCUCUCGCUCGCCUCGGGAAUGCACCGCGAACGGCCCGCUCUCGGGGAACAGUGCCGCCGCGACAACAUGCGACUGUGAAGUGUGUGCGGACAGUGACACAGACAAUAUACUCGAUACGUGCUUAUUUACAAGUUUAACGGCAAGUUUCAUUGUGAAAAAUGACAUCCCAAUUCGCCUUCAGAGGAUCUCCACCGAAUCAGGCGGCAGGGAUCGAGUUAAAAGAGAACCUGGCUGCAAGCGCAGCGAGCUGGCCUUAUCCCACUGUUUAUCACCCGUACGAUGCGGCGUUUGCUGGGUACCCCUUUAAUGGGUACGGGAUGGAUCUCAAUGGUGCCAGGAGGAAAAAUGCGACACGCGAAACAACAAGCACACUCAAGGCGUGGCUUAACGAGCACAAAAAGAAUCCAUACCCCACAAAGGGAGAGAAGAUUAUGCUUGCUAUCAUCACUAAAAUGACGCUGACGCAAGUGUCGACGUGGUUCGCCAACGCGCGCCGUCGCCUGAAGAAGGAAAACAAGAUGACGUGGGAACCGAGAAACAGGGUCGAUGAUGAUGACAAUAAUAAUGAUGACGACGACCACAAGAGCAAUGAUGGAAAAGAUGCUCUGGAUGGAAAGGACUCUGGCACCGGUUCAAGCGAAGAUGGCGACAGGCCUCAACAAAGGUUAGAUUUAUUAGGACAAAGAACUGAAUCCGAAUGGUCUGAAUCACGCGCAGACAGCGGUCCCGAGUCCCCAGAGCCGUACGAGAGGCCAAUCCACCCCGCUUACCAGCACUUACCGUCCCGAGCUCCACCGGGUAGCACGCCCGCUUCUGCGAAGCCCAGAAUAUGGUCUCUGGCGGACAUGGCCAGCAAAGACGGUGAAACCCCGACACCGCCCACGUCGGCUUCAGCGUUCUACCAGUCCGCAGCGGCGGCCGCAGCAGCAGCCCGCCUGGCGCACCCGUACAGCAGGCCGGAGCUGUACCGCGGCCUGUACCACCCGACGCACCCCGCGGACGUGGCCCUGCUGGAGUACUCGCGGUCGCUGGCGCUGUCGGCGCCCGCCCCCGCCCCGCCCGCGCCCUCGCCGUCCUCCUCCUCCACCUCCUCGCUGGCCGAGCCGCCGCCGCCGCCUCGUGCCUGACCACUAGCUCCCCGCCCGCCGCUGGCGCAUCGACAAUAAACGCGAUCUCCCGAAGAGUGCCGCGAGGGCCUUCCCACUUGUAAAUAGUGAUUAAUAGUUUAAAAAUAUAAAUAUGUAUACAUACCUACAUAUACGUGAUAAUUAUUAUGCACCGGUAGAGAAGCUUAGAUUUGUGAUAGUGGACACAUGGAGCGGUGCACGCUCGACGGCCGCCCGCCGUGAGGUUGACAACUCGCAAACGACGUCGGCGCUGCGCUCGCGCCGACCGACCGACAAUACUAGGUGCUAAUACAAGUUGGACCUUGCGACAUGUUGCAGUAGUUAUUAUUGAAAGUGGUUAAUCGAAGUGAUUUAAUUCAAAAAUAGGUAUUAUUAUGUGUUACGUUUCUAAUAGAAAAUCGACACUGUGUUAGAUUAUUUGUAUGUAGAAUGUAAAUUAUUAUUUUGAAAAUAUCCUCUUCACGUUUAGUGCCUAAUUACGUCCAAUGUUUUACUAUUGUUUGAUAGUUUCAUAAAAAUAUCUUACAUUCGAAUUUUAAUAUUUAUUCAUACGAGGUCAGUAGUUGUAACAAGCUUCUAAUAAUAAGUUUAAUCCACAAAUUUUAUCAAUAUUAGAUUUGUGAAAAUCUGUAUAGUUAUUUUCUAGUCAGAAGACUAUUUUGUCUGUGUUAACAUUACAAUAAUAUGUUUGACAUGUAAUAUCAGUCGUGUACAUCUUAACUUUUAUGCAUUUUACUAUUUAACCAGGAUGUAUAGGGCUGGUGACGGUUCUAAAGUAUAUUGUAGUAUAGUAAUAUGAUACAAAAUACUAAUUCACCGUUCCCACAGUAUCUUAAUACAUGUGCAUCUUAAAAAAUACAUGUGGCCGUUAAGCAUUCGGUCUAUUCUCAUUACGUCAAAUAUUUUAAUAUCGCGCCUAUCUUUAAGGGUGAGAAUACCUUAACUUAUUACCUUUGGUUUCAAAUCACAGGUAUUUAAAAAUAUACGUACAUACAUUUCUACAACAAAAAAAAAACACUCAAUAACUCGGUUCUGUUGUUUUUAGUUUUAAAGUCCUUUAUGAUCUUUAUAAUCGUUCUUUACUUGAAAAUAAUACUAUACCUACUAUUUUGGUACCCUUUUGGUGAAUAAUUCACUUUACUACAAUUUGUCGUGAUUAUGAAAGACUUCAAAAACUAUCAAAAACUCAGACUACUAUUUUCCUUAUUAUACAGAACCUGAAAUGAGAAUGAAAAAAAUAAUUAUCUCCGUGUCCCAUCCAUAAUAAAAUGACACAUUAUCUUUAACUUAACACUCAUUAUGUUUAUAUACAAUUAUUUGAAAAUGUUCAUUACUAUAAUUGCCUACACUUUUUAAACAAGCGUCAUGGGACCAAAAUGUGGGAAUGUGAAGGUAUUUUAUGCAAAAUAAUCCUUGCUGUUUUCGAGUUCUUAUCAAAGUGAUGUUAUUAAUUAACCUAUUGCUUCUGCAGUACCAGCCCUCAUACAGGUUCCUCAAUUAGACUUGUAUCUCCAAAAUGAGUUGAAUAUACUUAUCUAAGUCUAAAAUGGCCUUGUAUAAUUGUAAAAGUUAAAUUAAUGUAAAGUUAUACGAUUAUUCAUGAUUUGUUUUCUAAACAUUGUAAAAUAUUUUCUUUAAUAUUGUAGAGACUGAAAGUCCAAAACUGAGUCUAUAGUUUUGUACAUAAAUGUCACUGUUGUAAGUAUAAAUGUAAUGAUAUCGUGAAUAUUUAAGAGAGGUAAAUGCAAUAAAUUUUCUGUAUUAGCAGUCUUUUAAUGUACAUAAUUAAAACGCGGAUGGGAGACGUUAAUCUUCAAUGUAGUAAUUGUAAACAACGAAAGCAUGUCCAAAUGAAAAUAACUGUAACUUACUUCGUUCCUUUUAUUUACACGUCUGCUACUUAAUACUGUGUGAUCAUGUUCUAGUAAUAUAUCUACUGUUAGAUGAAGUAUGUGCGUAGAAAUACGAAGGUUUUCUUCAUGUUCGUUUCUUAAAAUACUUGUUCGUGUCGUAACUCAGCGUUUAUUUCAGCAUUGUUAAUUUAUUAGUAACACGUAUUGUUAUUAACCGUCUUAAACGUCUUUUGACCGUUCCCAGAAAGGUGUGUGAAUAGAUGCAAUAAAAUUGAAUACAGAAGUAA